UACUCGACCACUGGAACACGAUAUCAGAAAGUGGAGCGGCAUUAUACUUCGCAGUUUCAAAAUGCGGUGGUUUUCAGUGGUGAUUUUUUGUCUGGCGCUGACAGCAAUUAUAGCUGAUCCAGAUCCUAAGAAAUUUAAAAAUGAGUCUAAUGAAAAGGAUAAAAAGGCUGAAGCCCUGACAAAUGACGAAAAAAUUUUUUUAAGAGAAGUUGAAGAAAAGUUUGGCGUGAAAUCAGAUGUUCCAGUACAAAGUGAAAAGAAAGAAUCCAAAACUAAAGUGGAUGAAAAGAACAAAGGCACUUCAUCGUCACAACAAAAACCACCGUUUCCAGCUGUCAUUGCAAUAGAAAUCGUAAAUGAUACGGAUUCAAAAUCAAAGGGCAAACGAACUAUCGAUGCUAAUCUUGGUUAUGGAUAUAGGACUAAUAAUGGCUAUACUUACACUUACUUCGGAAAAUCGAAUCAAGACAAGGGAAAAUUCAUGAUUUAUCCUUAUUCACAAGAAGAUAUACCCACGAAUCAAAAUUCACAUGACACUAAAUAUAGUUCCUACUCAAAAUCAAAAUACUCAUCUUCUUCUACAGAUGUUGAAAUCCAACCUUCACAGGCCUAUGAAUUGGUUCCUGUAAAUAACGAAGAAACAUCUUAUGAAUACAAAAAACCUGCCGUUGAGUUUAAGGAUAACUAUGAAAAUAUUUCAGAAACGCCUUCUGUGGGAUAUUCUGAAGGAAAAGCCGCUCAAACAUUAUACACAACUUACAAUGGUCAAGAAUUUUCAGGCUUAAGUGGACAAUUUCCCACGGUGAUGCCUAACUACUUUGUUAAUCCCACACAGCUUCUUAAUAAUCCUUAUUACCAGAACGCUGGUUUGACGCAAGAUCAUUUGCGUACUCAAAAUUCAUACUUAACUCAAAACAAAGGUAUCGUACCUGUAUUAGUAUUAAGGGUCCCCAGUUCUUACUUAAAAAAUCCAACAGCUGAACUGUAUCCUGAUUUACCAAACAAUUAUCCUCUAUCGCAACAUUUAAAUAGUGUAAAUCUCCAAGAAUUAGUUAAUCAAUAUUUCAAGAAAAAUGGAUUCUCAUCUGCACCACAGAUAAUGUCUUAUCAAAGCCAAUCCGUAUCUUCACCUGAAACAAGGCCACAACAUUACUCAAAUCCUUAUGUCAAACCUACAUAUACUCAAGCCGAUUACUCUGGUAUACAAUAUUCUGCAGUAAAACCAGUUAUGGCAAGAUAUCCUUUGACGUAUACACAACAAAAAUAUUUAGUCUCUCAGCCCCAAUCACUCUAUCAAAGUCCAGCCUCGCAGCAGCAUCAUCAACAACAACAACCACAACAGCAGUAUGAAUAUGAAUAUAGGUAUGUACCUCAAACAGAAGUUAAAAUGCGUUCUUAUUAUAUUCAACCACAGUACCAACAAAGCGCACAGUCAGGUGCUAUUUCUAAUGAAUAUCAGCAAUACGAUCAAUCAGUAACUCAACAAAAACCAAACUCAGAUGAUGCUUUAUCAAAUAUUGAAUAUAGAACUCCACAAUAUUCUAGCAGCCAUCAAACUGAAGAGGCUUCAGUGGAGUAUGAUACCCAAAAUGCUGCACAGGUUUCUGCUCAACCAGAUGUAUCCCAUUAUGUAUCUGCCAAUUCUGAAGCUAAUGGCUAUGACCUAACCAAACAAAAUGAUUAUACAAAACAAUCAGAAUCAUCCGGAUACAAUACUGCAUCUCUGCCUUCUUAUAGUUCUUCAUCCGAUUAUUAUUCAACACAAACCGGACAGAAAAGUUCCGUUUCCAUACUCCCAUCUAAACUGAUACAUACUGAACAGUACCAAGACAACACUGGGUCUAACGAACCACAACAAUAUGCUUACCAAAGUGAAAAAAUUGAAGAUUCUAAAACGUAUGUGCUUUCUGAAAACUAUCCAAGCAAAGAUCACACAAUUGCUACCGUACUACCUUAUUCCUACAACUCAAACACAAAACCGUCGCAAUCAAGUAUUCAGACAGUAAGCUACGUAACUCCUAUGCCUUCAGCCAAAUAUCAAUCUCAGUAUAAUGUAAUGGUACCACAGACAGUGUUGAAAAAUCCAAACAAUGAGAAGGUAUCUUAUGUUAACUCUCAAUCAUUGCAUUAUUUGCAAGCUGGACAAUACACUGAUUCUAAUUCUGGAAGUGAUUAUGCUGUAGGUAGUCAAUACGUACAACAAAUAGCCAACCAGCCAUCAUAUCCUAGGAAUUAUCACGCGCACCCAAAAAGAAUGGUAAAGGCACCAAUGAAAACUUUAUCUAAGCUGUCACCCAGGAAAACAAAUGAAAGAAGCGAAAAGAAAAAGUCAACGUAAUUUUGUUACCGUCUUAAUAAAUUAUAAUAAGUAUUAAUAAACCGUUAACGUUUUGUAAAUAUGCUAAAA